UUUCUCGAUUGUUCUAAGUAUUUGUGAUGUAUAACACAUGUUGUACUAGUCUUGUUGUACUAGUUCUGUACCGUGAAUGUUUCCUGGGAGUUUAAUGUAUACACGUGGAUUAAUACGUAGUAUGAAUUGUUCAAAAAUCAGUGUUAAACCUUGACCCGGUGAGCGAUAAAAGCCGUUUUAUCAAGUUCACCUAAUGUACAUUGUCAAAUGGUGCAUGUUUAUUGAAUAAAUGCAUGAAGUGGAUUUAAUUUAGCCACAUAAAACCAAGAGCAGACAAAAAAUGUCGGAGUGUCGAGUUCUCAUCGCUAUGGAUGGUAGUGAAGAUGCCGCCAUGGCACUUAAAUACUAUGUGGAGAAUAUCCAUAGACCCGGUUACUACGUUAUUCUGGCCCAUUGUGCAGAGUACAUGAAUGUUAACUUUGGAAUGGUUUCCCUGUCACAGGCAGACCCUACAAUAGUAGAGCGAACAGUAAACGAGGAAGAAAAACGAAUCCACGCUCUCAUUGAACAACUGAACAAAAUUCUGGAAUCCCACAAUUUAAGCGGUGAAGUGGUUCGCAUUCAAGGUGAAGGCAAUCCUGGUCAUGACAUAAUUCACAAAGCAAAUGAGAAGAAAGCGGACAUGAUAGUGACGGGGUCACGUGGUAUGGGUAAAUUAAGACGAACUUUUAUGGGCAGUGUGAGUGACUUCUUGGUUCAUCAUUCCCACAUCCCUGUCCUCGUGUGUAAGCACGAAAAACACGAACAGCAACACUGAUUAGUGUACAUCUUAACUAUAUUUUGAUAUAUACUACAUUCUACAUUACUUUGGUCUCUAAAAUACUUUAUUAUGUUUUCAAUGUUUUUUAAGGAGCAAUAUAACUUCAAAAAAUAAUUUUUAAAAAGUUUAAAAUUUUAAAAUAAUAACAAAAACAUUUGAAUUUCAUAUUGAAAUGAAAUGAAUCCUUUUGGAUAGAACUCUUUUACCGAUAUAUACAUGUACGAAUAAAAAUAUUUGAUAAUACAUGUAUUAGAUAAGCAGUGGGGCUUUGUAUUCUUGCAGCUUAGGAAACCUUUAAGAUAUUGUUUGUGUGCCCUUUUCUGAUGGUCUGACUAAAAACCUUUUGUUCUCUCAUCUCCAAAAAAAAAAAGAGUCCUCAUAUUUUCGAGUGUUUUUGAAAAAAAAAACUACCUAUCGACCCAAAACAUUUAUCCUUAAUUGGGAGAGUGCAAGCAAAAAUAUUUUUAAAGAUAGCCUUACUCAAUUUUUUGUGAGUUGAUAGUGAGUCACUGUCUUAUGUACAUGUAAUUUUGAUGACUGUGUAUGUUAUAAAUACUCAUAAAUAUUGUAUGGAGUUAGUGUGAGUUUUAACGUUUUCAGAAUGGCACUGAAAUAAAACAUUUUGAUUUA